AUGGGUCAUGUGCUUGCUUUCUGCCUCCCCCAUUAUCCAUGGCGGCAUGGCAUCUCUGCUGCUGGCAGCUGCCACGCCGGCGGCAGCGGCUAUGCCUACUCCACGGAAACGAGACGAGGUGCCCGGUGCCCCAAGGGAAGCCCGGACUGCUGCGUCGUCGGCAAGCGCUACCCGCGGUUCAUGUGGCUCACAGCCGGUAUCGGACAUGCGCCGGCGAUCCCGACGCUGCAUAUGUGCUUCCGCCGGAACAUGGAGCUGGUCGUCGAGCUGUACUCCGGGUCUGGGUGGCUGUGCCUCGACGACGGCGGUGGUGGCGCACGCUGCCGCCGCUGCAACGGGAGGAUCCGCGUCGUCGUCACCGCCGCCGCCGUGAAUGGACGGUCUGUCGUUGUCAGGGUGGUGGACGAGUGUGACUACGUGAACGGGUGCUGCAACGAGGACGGCUUCGCGCCCCCGUGCCAGGACAACGUUGGCGGCGAGUCGCUGACUUUGCCUCCUACUCGAUGA